AGAACAAUGAAUGGGCAAGUACUGAUGUUUGUCUCUCUCUUCGUCCUCGACGCAGUGUACGGCCAAGCCAGCUAUUCUAUACCAGAGGAAAUGAGCAGAGGAUCUUCAGUGGGCAACAUAGCACAUGAUUUGGGGUUAGAAAUACGACGAUUAAUUUCAGGCAAAGCAAAGAUCUAUUCUGGGAACAAUGAGGACUAUAUCGAGCUGAACCGAGAGAAGGGAGUCCUCCUCGUUAAAGAGAGGAUCGACAGAGAGGCUCUUUGCGCACAUAACGCGCUUUGUGCGCUGCAUUUAGAAAUUAUUUUGGAGAAUCCAAUGGAAUUUUACAGCGUCACUGUGCAUAUAACAGACAUUAAUGAUAAUGCGCCAAGCUUUGACAAAAAUGAGUUGAAGUUUAAAUUAAGUGAAUUGGCAAACGUAGGAGCAAAAUAUGUUUUAGAAAGGGCAUUAGAUCUUGAUGUUGGAAUUAACGGCCUUCAAAAUUAUGUAUUAAAACCAACGGAUCAUUUUGCUCUAAAAUUGCAAAAUAACGCAGAUGGAAAUGAAAAUGUGGAAAUGAUUUUACAAAAGCCUUUAGACCGAGAAAAGGAGGAGCAGAUGUCUCUUGUGUUAACUGCUGUUGAUGGAGGAGAGCCGCGGAUGUCAGGAACAAUCCUGAUUCUUAUUACAGUGUUAGACGCUAAUGAUAAUGCCCCUGUUUUUACACAACCAAUCUACAAAGCCACUGUUGCUGAGAAUUCACCUGUAGGAACGGUUGUAGUCACUGUUUCUGCUUCUGAUGCAGAUGGCGAUUUAAAUUCCAAAAUAUCAUAUUCAAUCACCAACACUCGUGACAACAUUAGAAAUAUAUUUGUUGUGGAUAAGGAAAAAGGUCUGGUUUCAUUAAUUGGAAACAUAGAUUUUGAAAAAUCAAGACAAUUUCAAAUUAAUCUACUUGCAAGUGAUGAGGGCGGUCUCACAGAUUCUUGUAAGGUAAUUAUAGAUGUAGAAGAUGUAAAUGACAACAAGCCAAUAAUCAAAAUCAUGUCCAAAUCAAAUGUGGUAUCAGAGGAUGCUGAAAUGAAUACGGCUGUUACAAUGAUCAAUACAGAAGAUUUAGAUUCAGGAGAAAAUGGAAACGUGAAUUGUUUCAUGAAUGAAAAUAUUCCAUUUGUUUUGAAAAGCUCAAAAAAUAACUUCUAUACAUUGGUGACAGAUGGUGAAUUAGACCGAGAGAAGUCAGGCGAGUAUAAUAUCACUGUGACUUGUUCCGAUGAGGGCGUGCCCUCCCUCUCCAGCAGUGUCACUCUCAAUUUACACAUUUCAGAUGUGAAUGACAACGCGCCUGUUUUUGACAGAAGGUUUUAUGAGGCCUCAGUUGUAGAAAACAACACACCCGGUCUCUCUAUAUGCACUGUGAAAGCAAGUGAUGCUGACUGGAACCAGAAUGCUCGUGUUUCUUACAUCCUGGAGGAUUGUUCUGUCAACGGAGUGCCAGUAUCCUCAUACGUCUCCGUCAAUGCUGAGAGUGGAGUCAUUCACACAAUCCGUUCUUUUGACUUUGAGCAACUCAAAGAGUUCCACUUCCAUGUUAAAGCUCAGGAUGGAGGCUCACCUCAUCUGAGCAGCAACGUGAGUGUGGCCAUCCACAUCCAGGACGCCAAUGACAAUGGGCCUCAGGUCCUCUAUCCUGUCCAGACAGGUGGUUCAGUAUUGGCUGAAAUUGUCCCUCAUUCGGCAGACGUUGGCUACCUUGUGACUAAAGUGGUGGCUGUGGACGUGGACUCUGGACAGAAUGCCUGGCUCUCAUACAAAGUGCACAAGGCCACAGACAGGGCGCUGUUUGAAGUGGGCCUCCACAAUGGAGAAAUAAGAACCAUCCGCCAAGUGACUGAUAAAGAUGCUGUCAAACAAAGACUGACUGUUGUCGUGGAGGACAACGGGCAGCCCUCUCGUUCAGCUACUGUCAUUGUUAACGUGGUGGUGGCGGACAGCUUCCCUGAAGUGCUGUCAGAGUUCACUGACUUUAACUUGCAUGACAAGGAAUACAACGACAAGCUGACUUUUUACUUGGUCUUGGCUUUGGCUGUUGUCUCCUUCCUCUUCAUCACCUGCUUACUGCUUAUCAUUUCAGUCAAAGUGUACAGAUGGAGACAGUCUCGCAUCCUGUACCACUCAAACCUGCCCGUCAUUCCGUAUUAUCCGCCACGCUACUCAGAUACUUUGGGGACAGGGACUCUCCCGCAUGUUUAUAACUACGAGGUGUGCAGGACCACUGACUCCAGGAAAAGUGACUGUAAAUUGGACAGAGAUGUUAGUCACAAUUUGUUGGUGAUGGACCCUACCCUGGCAAGGACCAUGCCGGUGAGACAAAGUGAAAAGAAUAUUCUGGAUGAGCCUGACUCUCCUUUAGAGGUUAGUUUUAACAUUUUGAUUUUUGUUGCAAAAUGGACUCUUAGGGACGCUGUUGACCAGAAGGUUGAUGAUUGGGAGCAGGAUUGA